AUGUGGACUAGAAGGAACAUUUCUGCUGUGAUCCAAGUCUCUCUUCUAUCAUGGCUUGCUGUGGCUCAAGCAUCCAAUUCAUCAACGCCUCUCCCUCCAAGCGAGGACCCUUUCUACGUUCCACCUUCUGGUUUUGAGACCUCGGCACCAGGCACGGUUCUGCGCAUUCGGACAGAUCCGAGCAACAUUACAGCCGUAGUCAACUGCUCUGCCGCCUACAACAUACUCUACAGAUCAACCGAUGCUCAGUAUCAGCCUUCCUGGGCAGUGACGACUCUGCUGAUUCCCGACUCUGCCCUGAUUCCAGCCAAUUCGACCUCGCGCCUGCUGUCUUACCAGAUCCCGUACAACUCGCCAGAUGUGGACGCUAGUCCUAGUCAUUUGCUCUCGACUCUCUACGCUACGGCGGCGGAUCCCUCUCCCGCGGAUUAUGUCGCAGAAGCUCUCAGCCGUGGUUGGUAUGUCAGUGUUCCCGACUUUGAAGGACCAAAUGCUGCAUUCUUUACGGGGCCUCGAGAGGGACACGCCAUUCUGGACGCAACUCGAGCCGUCUUGAGCCAGAACCAACUGGCUCAUUGGGAUGAUGCACGAUAUGCCAUGUGGGGGUACUCGGGCGGUGCUCUGGCGAGCUACUUUGCUGCUGAGCUCCAAGCAUCAUACGCCCCUGAACUGAACUUUGCCGGCGCAGCAAUAGGUGGCCUGCCAUCAAAUUUCACAUCAGUGGUAUACAAUUUCAACAAUUGCGGCGGUGCCGGCAUCAUCGUGUCACUGUUCCUCGGUCUGACAGCCGACUUCCCAGCGGCCCGGGACAUUCUCGUCAGCAAUCUCAAGACCGAGGGUCCUUUCAACGCCACGAGUUUUCUCGCCUGUCUUCACUACAAUGCUCCCGAGUUUACCGCGGCCUAUUCAGGACAAGACAUUUUCGAGUACUUUGUGAACGGGAGCGACAUCCUUACGGUUCCGGAGAUUGCGUGGGUGAUUGGAAAUAAUGCGCUUCCGACGUAUCACGGUCUGCCUCAAAUGCCACUUUUUGCGUACCAUGGGAUCAAUGAUGAAAAUUGCAAUAUUGAAUAUGCAGACUCACAGAUACAGCGAUACUGUGAGGCAUAUGCCGAUGUUCUAUAUCAGAGAAACACCGUUGGUGGUCAUGAGGCCGAGUCUGUCGCGGUUGCGCCCGUGGCUCUGGAGUGGCUUUCAAGGUGGCUUGAUGGUGAUGCUGAGCAGACAAUAGUCGGGUGUACUGUCGAAACAGUGACCAUAGAUAGCUCCUCAGCAUGA